AUAUCUUUAUCUGGCAAAUUCUCAGCUACAUGACGCUCGGAAUGCAUUAAUGUGGCUCUCGACAUUCGAGGAAUCUAGACGUGGUCAUAUCUGUGGUCGAUUAAUAUAACUCAAACGAAACCACGAGUGUCAUUUGAAUAAUCACGAGCUUGUAUGAAGAACACCACGUCACACAAUGUUUGCUCGCAGUUGUACCGUAUGUGAACCGCCGGGGUGUUCUAUAGAAUGCUCUGCGGGCCAGUGAAUAUGAAGGACACAAGUUACGAGCAGCCUGUCUGGAGUAAUACUACCUCGAAUGAAGACACUAUGUACAACACUUGGGAAGUACAAGAAAACGGCUGGGAUCAAGGCAAGUUGAGCCAUUCUCGCUCCCUUGAAGCGGAGAGUUUUCCGGCCACAAGAAAAUCCGAAAGCAAUGAGAACCACGAUCGGUUCUACCGCAACGGACGAACAGGGAUGCCGAGCCGCAGCGCAUCGAAUGAGGAUAUAAACACGGAAACAGAAGCUAUGGUACGUCCUCGAUUUCAAAUAACUAUUGAACAACCGAUCCGCCGCAUUACCCCUGCAAGGAAUACUUCCUUGCAGUGGUCCAAGCCCCGUACAACGCGGCGCGCUUCGGACGGUUUUCUCGCCUCCGCUCGGUUCUCUGGGAGUAAUACUCCGACCUUCAGCGCUCUCUCAGAGGAACACGACAUGGAGGAUGGCGAAACGGGAUCCAUUCCAACCGCGACAAACAAUGCAAGCAGCAGGGCUUCUUCGCUCAAUUGCCGCCGAUUUUCCGAUGGUUGCUUUCACAGCGUUCCAAGGUAUACAGGAUCCAAAAAAGUCAGCAUUGUUUUGCCGCAACCGCGAAAAAGUUCGAACCAAGGAUCUAAGACAUGUGAGGACGACGUAAAGGAUAUGGAAAGUGCUGAUUGCAGCAGAAACGAAGAAGACGAUCGCUGGAAGGAACUAGUGGCAAAGGCGCAAGGAUUUAAGGGCGCUAAAAUGAACGGAGUGGGCAAAUUCAGAGGAUUAUACGUAGAAGACGUAAAAGGGGACAUAAAUCGCUCUUUGGAUAUGGAGGACGUGCUAAGCGACAAUAGCAGCGAAGCAUCUUUUUCAUCAAACAGUUCAUAUCACUCAUCGUCUGACAGUGAUAGUACCGUGUAUAGCGCGUUAGUAACUAAGCCGAUAUCCGGUGAUUUAGCGCAUUUCAGGGAGGUUAGCCGCACUAUUUCCAAUUCCACAUCAAGGACAGCUCGCCGGGGUUCCGCUGAACAUUCGCUCGACUCUUAUUCAAGUAAAAACCAACCGCGCAGAUAUUCAGUGGCAAGCUUCUCCUCUGCACGUUCCUUGAACCCUGCGUCAACAGCAAAACUUUCCGGUUACAGCACGCAAAGUGCGCUAGAACAAGCUCGGCAGCUUCUCGGCAAGCUUCAGUUAGAGGGGAAGAAUAAAAAUAAAAAAGAAAGGUUGGAGGAACUGAGCAGAGCGCUUAAGUGGAUCCUGGAAGAACUUAAUCGCAUUGAAACACCGGACAGAGAUCUAGUCAGCUUGUUCAUCAGUUUACGUGCGAAAAUUGUGCACUUAAAGAACGAACUGAAGGCGGAAGAAUUCGACGCGACCUGCAUUGACCCAAGUGAAAUUGACAGCGCCCCGCAAAUCCAAAACCGUAUACUGACCGAAGGCAAUUUCGCGCAUACCCGCUCAAGACGAUUUAGCUGGUGUUGAAGUUAGGCAAUAUUCUCUCUGGCGGAUAUCCAGGCAAGAGAUAAAACAUGGAGGAAAGUUUAUCAAGUAGGACUACAUUAAUGCUAUGUCGAAAUUAAACGUGGCUCAGAAAGUUUAAACUUUGACACUCUAGUACAGAUAGCCCAAUGAUGCGGGUGAAGAAAACUUAAGUGUUAACACCCAGAAGUGAACAGAAUCAGAGUCAGGGUAUGAUGUCAAAAUUUGUUGUCAUAGACACUACUCGGGUGAAACAAGAGAGAAUGAAGGGUCAGACAGUUAAACUUUAUUCCAAAGGUAAUCCAUCUCAAGUUAUUUUUAGCUUAAAAUAACUUGAGAUGGAUUACGUAAUAGGGUCUAUUUGGGGGAUUAGCUGUCGCACCCUUCAUGCUCUCUUGGUGGAAGUUAUUAUUCUUUUGUUUCUAGGAUCAAUGGCAGCCAAUUUUGACGUCCUUGAUUUCUCCCUCAGUUUGUACAUUGGCAAAACCCAUGCAGAUUUGCAUUAAGAAAUGGAGUAGUUAAACUGAUUUCAAAUAUGCAUGGAAAGAUCUACUAUAUUACCAGCCAACUGAACCUCCAUGCUUAACUCUUAAAAGAAACAGACUCAGAUCUAGAGAUGAUUGUUUUAUAUAACGUGGAUCUAAAAAUCAUUGUUUUAUAUAGUAGAUAUUGAGUUUAGUGUAAAGUAGACGGUCGUUCAUACUGAUUUUGUAUAAAUAGACUAGAUAGUAUUUAUGUUAUAUAUCUUUCAUUUGGUAUUCAUAAUCCGUUCUCUCUCGUGUCCUCGUUUAAAAAUGUUAUUCGUUAAUUUUGCUAGUAUUUUGAUACUGUUAGCUAAAUUAAAUUAAUUUUUGAUGUCAAAUCAUUAUAUUGCUGUACAUUUUGUAUAGUUAGCCUUAAGACAGAAAUGAACAAGUUCCUUUGUUAUUCCCACGACUAAGUUACCUGAAUUUGUUUCAAAACUGAAAGAGAAGAAAAGGAGAAGUCGUUUAUAUAUCUACCCAGUGAAAACGACAAAGCUUUGUUGUAACGCAAUUGUACGCAAUUCUCCUGCAACUAUGUGGAAUUAAACCGUAGUUUCAACGCGUUGCAGUUGUCUCGCAAUUCUACCAAAAUAGUGUAGCGUUGUACUGCAAUUGUUUUACACAGCUCAUGACACAGUUUGGUGUUUAAAUCAUCUGAGUAUGAUUUAAGAUGGCUCCGAUCAAACUUAGAUUGAAAGGAAUCAGGCAGGAACUAUUACAGCUAAUUUCGCUGUGCGUUAUAUUACAUUUACUGGUAAACCCUAACUAAGACAAGUGUCGGAUUCUCAAUCGUACUGUUGGCCAAACGUGUGAGAGACUGAUGCAGUUCAUCAUGGGUUCAGCCAGGCUUGAAAUGACCAUAGGAUUUCUCUUUUACAAUUUUUGAUAAAUCUAUAUGACUGUAUAGUAAUUUGAGAUCAGCGGAAAAAUUAGGUACCUUAACUAGAAAAAUAUUAGCCAUAAAAACACGAAAAAUAAUAUUUAGAAACCAUUAUGUGUAUAAAAAUUUUAUAUCAUACGACUAGUUUGUAGUCUACUAAGAUAGUUGAUGACUGAAUUAAAAUUUAUCGACAAAAACAAACGUUUAAAUACAUUUUGUGACAAGCAUAUAUUGCAUUAUAUUUGGCUUUAUCAAUGGACAACGAUUUUAUUUGUUCUUCUCCAUAGUUAAUAAGGAUUUAACUUGUUGUAAGAAAUUGGAAUCGAUCGAAAACAAAUGACGCCUUUGUAUAAAUCAAAUGAGUUGUUAUUAUAAUAAACAAGAAACCUAUAAU